AUGCCGACUUGUGAGGUGUGCCAACAACCCGCGAACCAGAUCUGUGGAGGAUGCAAACUGGUAUAUUACUGCUCCAGACCGCACCAAAAACUAGGAUGGAGAGAAGGUCACAAAUUCAAAUGCUGCGCCUUCAAGAUCCAGUACUCAGACACAUUAGGACGACACAUGGUCGCCACAAGAGACAUACAACAAGGAGAAAUGAUCCUCAGAGAGAAACCUGCCAUCAUUGGGCCAAGGAUCUCAUGUCCAACUAUCUGUUUGUCAUGCGGCAAAAAUCUGGACCCCCAAGAAAUUAAUAGCAACUGGGAUUAUUAUAAAUGUUCAAAGUGCAACUGGCCGAUGUGUGGCCCGGAGUGCGAAGCUGCUGAUGUUCACAAACCGGAGUGCAAAGCCAUGACUGACAGGAAAUAUAAAUGUGAUAUAAAAUACCAAGGCCCUAAUAAAAUCCAAGCGGCCUACUGUGUUAUUUCGCCUCUCAGAGUGCUAUUGAUGAGUACGUCUAACCCACUUCAAUAUGAAAAUUUAAUGAAUCUCGAAUCCCAUUUGGAAGACAGGAUAAACACCCCUCUGUAUACAGUCUUAAAGGCUAAUUUGGUGACGUUCAUAGUUCAAGUGCUUGGAUUGCCUUUCGAUGAAGAAACAAUAUUGAAGGUCGCGUCUAUAUUUGAUACAAAUGCUUUCGAUGUAAGAUCACCGGAUGGGUCUACUAGACUGCGGGCUAUUUAUUUGACAGCUUCGAUGAUGGACCAUAGCUGUAAAGCUAAUACGAGGCACAUAUUUAUAGGUGAAGAUUACCAUAUGGCUAUGAUAGCGACGGUGCCGAUAUCUAAAGGAGAACUGAUAACGACGACGUACACUCAGAGUUUGUGGGGAACAUUGGAUAGACGGAAGCAUUUGCAGACAAACAAGUACUUCGAUUGUGAAUGUGACAGAUGCAAGGAUCCUACAGAAUUCGGUACACAUUUGGGGAACAUUUACUGUUCUGUAUGUAACAGUGCUUUCGCUCCGAACGUUGAAGGGCGUGGUGCAAUGUUGGUGUCAACAAAUCCGUUGAAUGAAACCGCGUCAUGGAAAUGUGAGAAAUGCGAACAUUUUAUUUUGAGCAAACAGAUGGUGUGGGGAAAUAACGCAUUGAAACAAGAUCUUCAGAGACUGAAUAAGACGGAUCCGAAUCAGUUCGAAGAGUUCAUUGAGAAGUACAGCCAGACGUUACAUCCUAGCAACCAUUUAGUAGUGCAAGCCAAGUUGGCAUUGGUACAAAUAUAUGGGAACUAUAAAGGAUAUAGCUUGACAGAACUACCAAAUGCACUGCUCAGAAGAAAGGUAGACCUCUGCCACGAGCUGCUGGAGAUAGCUGAUAAACUAGAACCUGGCUGGACUAAGUUCAGAGGGACCUUACUUUUAGAACUUCAAUCCGCUAUGACUAUGAAGACUAAGAGAGAAUUUGAAACUGGAAAACUGACUAAGGCUGCUGCUCAGGAUGAGCUGAUGGAAAGCUUGGUGCUGCUCCAGGAGGCAACCAAUAUAUUAAAGGUAGAAUCACACAUGAAGACCACUCUCGAAUCAAAGAUCAGCGAACUGACCUCCCUCUUAGACACCACUGCAGCUGAAACUUAG